GCUUACUUGCGCCCCCAGCUUGCUUUACCCGGGAACUCGCUUUGUCAAAAAGAAAAAAAAAAAAAGCUGGAAUCCGUGCCGAGCCGUGCCAACUUAUCCGAUCCGUUCUGCGGCUUCUAGAGCUGCAGAAGGGGGUAGGUAAAAAAGGCCAUCUUUCUCACCCUUUCCCUUCCCAAUGAACAAAAGCGCUAGGUUUUCCAGGACUAAUAAAUUGAACCAAGCCAAGCCCGUGCCAGUCCCAGAAAGGCGAGGGUCAAGCAAUAGCCGCUUCAUGGCUUUUCGCCUCUCCUCCACUCAUGCGUCUUUUUUCUCUGGGGCUUUUGAUUUUUGAUGCUUAACCGGGAGGUGGGCGCGGUAGAGAAAUCGGACACCAAGAAAGCAUGGAUUUUCGAGGCAAGAAGUACGAGCGGGGCACUAACUGGUCAGAUCCCGAGGUAGUGGAGCUUCUGCACCUGUGGGCUGAUGAGUCGGUGCAGGCGGAGCUGGAGAGCUGCCUGCGGAAUCAGCACGUCUUCAACCGGAUCGCCGAAGUGCUGCGCGAGAAGGGCAUCCACCGCACCGGUGAUCAGUGCCGGGAGAAGAUCAAGAAAAUGAAGCUGGAGUACCGGCGCAUCAAGGACAACAACAAGGCUCCGCGCGGGGGCAGGACGUGGAAGUUCUACGAGGUGAUGGACCGCGUCCUGGCCAGCCGCCCUCCGCUCGUCUACAGCGCCACCGGCAACGGCAACGGCGGCUACGUGCUGGCGCAGCAAGGGAUCCCGGGCGGGGUGGUGGAGAGCUACCAUCCCCACUUGGGCCCCUCUUCUGCGCUGACCUUCCCACCCUCUCAGCCCGCCGAGCAGAUGGAGAUCAAAUGCGAGGAGGUGGAUUCAGAAGACCAGUGCUUGAUGCCUGAGCCUCUGCCUUCUCUCACUACUUACCAGCCCUGCGGGGGCUCUGCUGAGGAGCACGAGAUAGACAGGGCCUUCCUGGAGAGGUCCCAGACUGACUCUCCCAUCUCCAGGGUGGAGGUCCCCAUUGAGACCACUGUCUCCCUCUCAGGUUUCAGGGAACCCAAUGCAGCUUCUUCAUCCCGGAUCCAAAGUCUAGGGGCAUGGCCAGGUUUUUCUACUUUGCACCGCUUGAGGAAGAAAAGGAAAGGCCAGCGGUUAAAGGACCCUCUGGAUGCCCUGCUGUUGAAGACGUUAUCUGCCCAGAGGGAAAUGGAGGAGCGCUUUCUGCAGAUGGAGGAACGCCGUCUCCAGCGAGACUUGGAAGUGGAGGAGCGCCGAAUCCAGCUGGAGCAGCGACGCUUUGAAUUGGAACGGGAUCAUGAUUUCCGUAUGUUCAAUGUCUUUGCCCAGAUGCUGAGUGUCUUAAAGCAGGGCAAUCAGGACUCUUCUGCAACUGGAGUAGCUCCGAAUGUGGACCUUCACCAAACAUUCUCCAGUUCCACAGAAAUAGGAGAACAGCUGUCAGAAGAAGCCAAGGCCCUCCAGUUAGGGCAAACUAGAUUGGACAGCUCAACUAAGGGGUUGCAUGCUGAUUUUCAAAGCAGCCCUUAUCUCUCUGUCCGAGGCAAUAUGGCUGUUGUUUCGAUGUCCUCAUACAAGGCGUACAUGCUCUACCACGCUGACAAGUAUGAUGAGGACAAAAACCCCAGUGGCAUCAUUAAUUUGAGUACCAGUGAGAACAAACUCUGCUUUGAUCUAGUGUCCAAAAAGCUGGCCCAAAGUGCUGUGAAACUCACAGAUCCUUCCGUGCUGGAGUACCCUAACUGGAAGGGCCUUAUGUUUGUGCUAGAGGAAGUGGCUCGAUUUCUGACCUAUUACAGCAAAGCCCCUGCACCUCUCAAAGCAGAAAAUGUGAUUCUGCAGAAUGGCUGUGGAUCUUUGUUUUCUAGUUUGGCUAUGGUUCUGUGUGAUCCAGGAGAAGCAUUCCUGAUUGCUACUCCUUUCUAUGGAGGAAUCAUCAAAGAUGUGUACCUGUCUGGCAGGGUCAAGCUGGUUUAUGCCUAUUUAGAUAGCCAGGUUACUGGCAGUUGCACUCGUCCAUUCCAGCUUACAGUGGAUAAGCUAAAGAAAGCUUUGCAGGAUGCACAGUCAGAGGGUAUCAAAGUAAGGGGUUUAAUUCUCCUGAAUCCCCAAAAUCCCUUGGGGGAUAUCUAUUCUCUCUCAGAGUUACAGGACUACUUGGAAUUUGCAAAAAGACAUGAGUUGCAUGUGAUUGUUGAUGAGAUCUAUAUGUUAUCAGUUUUUGAUGAUUCUGCAACAUUUCACAGUGUACUUGAAAUGGACAGAUUGCCUGAUCCACAAAGGACCCAUGUGUUGUGGGGGAUUAGUAAGGAUUUUGCUAUGUCUGGAGUCCGGUUUGGUGUUUUAUACACACUAAACCAAGAUGUUAUCAAAGCUGUGACUUGUUUUAAUUACGUUCAUAGUAUCUGUGGGCCUAUGCAAUACCAAAUUAUCCAGCUACUCAAAGACAGAGAUUGGAUCAACCAAGUAUACUUACGCACCAACCACGAGAGACUGAAAGCUGCACACACUUUUGUGACAGAUGAACUCAAGACCCUUGGCAUUCCUUUCCUCAACCGAAAUGCGGGGUUUUUUAUAUGGGUUGACUUUCGAAAGUAUUUAAGAAAAAAAACAUUUGAAGAGGAGAUGCUACUCUGGAGACGCUUCCUGGACAAAAAGAUCUUACUCUCACCUGGUAACUCAUUUGAGUGCAAUGAGCCUGGAUGGUUCCGUAUCAUCUUUGCUGACAAGAUGAAUCGGCUGCGGCUUGGGAUGCAGAGAAUCUGUGAAGUAUUAGAAGAACAAGAGCAUGAAAUCCUGAAUGAAGACAAAGAUCAAUUGUGCCUGUCUGAAUCAGAAGGCACAGUAGAUAGCACAGAUGAAGUGAUCUUUGUGUCUCACCACCAGGAACCAACCUCCUCUGGAAGUUCCACUCUUGGUGAUCUAAUUGGUCUCCUUCAGCAACAAAUGCGCUCAUCUGAUUGGUUGCAGAAAAAUACAGUGGAGCAGUUUGCACAAGAGAAACCAGAAGUCUAUGAUGUUUUCAGCCAGUUAGUGGGGAAAAAAUAGAGAGCAUUGGUGCCUUCUUCCAGAGGCUAUCAAUCAAUUUUGUCUUUUAAAUUACUUAUUGAUAUUUUUUUCCUAUCUACUAGGAAACCAUUUAUUUCUUUUCAGCCUUCUCAUUAUUAUGAUGAAUAGGGUUCAACUAGCAAGGGGCUGACAUUUCUUGUGGUCUCUUAAGCAGUUUUAUAUUUUUAUGAAGGGUUUUUUUUCAAUCAAACAAAUUGUUUUCAAAGAAUUAUCAUGUCUUUAGCUGAAACCCAGAAUACAGCUAACCUGGAUCUAAAUUACGUGUUUUUCAAAGUAAUUAAAAAAAAUAGAGGCAGAUUUAAAUGUAUUUUUACACAGGUAAAGAAAGUCAUGUAUGGAUCUCAUCUGUAUCAUUGUGAGAUGAUUUAUUAAUGAAGUUGAGGAUUCUCAAGGCCAAAAGAGAUGUCAUAUUUCCUGUCUCUUCACUCUGUUGAAGAGAUCAGUAGAGUCCCUAAAGUCACCUCCUCCCUGUAGUUCUUCUCUGAGAUAUGAAUUGUUAUGGCUGACACUAAUUAACUACAAUGAGUUGUACUAAAUACUACCUUUUAACUAGGUUUUAAAGAGUAAUUAAGCAUGUUUUCCAGUUAGUUAUGUAUUGUCUUCUUGAAAAAAAAAUGGCCUUUGGGACCAAGAAGGCAUGAAAGUGAUGUAGAAGUAUCACCAGAAGGGGCUGGGCAAAAAAUACUUGUUUUAGUUAAAAAUUGACACAUACGUUUAACAAAUCUAUUUUAUGGGGUUGGUUAUAAAAACAGAAAGCAAAAAAAGUAUCACAUCAGCAAAAAUCAUUAACUUUCUGUUGAACGGUGCCUAGACUUCAGAAGUUGCAGAAAUGAGUCUCAGCACACACACAGACACAAACACAUUUAUGGGCUACAUAUUGCCACAUCUAAUUUAAAGUAAAUAUGCAAAAACUGUGUCCUUCCAAGUUUGGGUGCCCCUUCCAAAGUUGUAAAUAUUAAUGGUAAAUUAAAGCAUUCACACACAAAAGAGAAAUAGGACAUGAGGUUCUGAAUCCAUUCAGGAUUUUUAGCAGACUGAUAUUGUUACAUUUGCAUUGAUCCGGAAAUCUUCAGAGUCAACACAAAACCUUAAAUUCUAUAAUACCGUAUUUUCCGGCGUAUAAGACGACUUUUGAAAGUGCGGAAAUCGGCGCCGAAGUCAGGGGUCGUCUUAUACGCCGAGUUGUCUUAUAUGCCGGAAAUUACGGUAGUUUCCAUCGUAUAAGAUGACUUUCUAGGCAUGCGACGCGGUGUCGGAGAUGGGGGUCGUCUUAUACGCCGGGUCGCCUUAUACGGCGGAAUAUACGAUAGUUUAAAGCAUUCCAUCUUGAGAUUACUAUGUUCUAAGUCUGUUUCUUUUUACAGUUUGGAUUCAUAUCUGAAAUUAAAAAAAAAAUCCAUUGGUAUCUCAUCAAUCCUGAAACAAAAGAACAUCAUUCACACUUAGAGCAAAAUGUUGUUCUAUAAUAAAUUUUGCUAUAAGUUGAUUGUUUAAAAGUUCUAUGGUAAGAUUGUCACAUGAAUAGACAAAAUCUUAACUGCAUUGUAGAAAAGUGGAAAAUGUACCAUCACAUGAAAAGAAAUGGACCUUAAAUAAGGAUUUGCAAAUGAACACUUCCUGAAGAAUACUGGUUGUUUCUUAAAUUGUUUUUAGAAAAAAAUUAAGAUGAUUUUUAUCCAACAAGAGGAAGAGAAAGAAAACAAUCUAAGAUCAAUUGUUUGACUUAGCACUUUGAUGAUAAAUGACAGUGAUGAUGGGUCAAUGUGCCUUAUCUGGAUUGUUUCAUAAACUUUUAAAAUUUCUUUCCUAAAAAUAAUAAAAAAGAAAUUGCUGUCUGUU